AUGGUACCCUCUCGGACACGUCAUUCUGACGAAGAGUGGCUUCAGCAUCGAGCUGAAAUUCAGCGCAUGUUCCUCAAUGAGUCAGCUUCUUUUAACGAUAUUAUGCGAAAGCUCGAAGAAGACGGCUUUCCUGUAACGAAAUCGCAGCUUGAGUACAAGCUGAGGGUCUGGAGUCUUCGGAGGAGAAUUCCAAAGAACAAGGCCGAGAUCUUGUGGCAGUUUAUCGACCAUCGUCUGACCAAACGGGAAAAUCAAGGAAAACUCAGCGAAGUCAUCUACGACGGCAAAGCGAUUGUGCCGACCAAAGUAAAAAAGGAGAGAAGUCGAUAUCAAACGAUUUCGUUGCUCAAGUACCACCAAGGUGGGAAUAAGUGUCACUUAUUUCUCGUAUCUUUGCUAAAAGCUUCCAAUUGUAGGACCUGA